GCUUGUUUAAAUGGAAGGAAGGAAGUGGUCGAGGCCUUACUGAACAUUCGCGGUCAUAUGCUUAUACAGCCAAAUACGCAUGAUACUGUUUUGCAUGCAGCCAUCUCGUCUCAGGAACCAGCAAUCGUUGAGAUGAUCCUUAAGGCUUUUACGCAUUUGGUAACGACGAAAAAUGCGGACGGCAGCACAGCGUUACAUUGGGCAUCGCAAUGCGGCAAUUUGGCUAUUGUUAAAUUGCUGUUGGAAUUUUCGUACGACGAAGACGUUUUAACAAAGAUUGAAGAUGUCUCGGGGCGUUUCACAUAUCAUUUUGUACUGGACGUUAAUGCGCUAGAUGCGCAGUGUCGGACAGCUUUAUACUUAGCCGUUGCAAAUUCUCACUAUGAUGUUGUUAAAUAUCUACUUGAGGUUGAGCUUCCGUCCAUGAAUACCGCCCGAAAGUGUCCGUUCCAAGUUGAUGUGUACUGUAGUGGCGGCAAAACUCCGCUGAUGGUUGCUGCUGCAAAUGGCAACAUACCUUUAGUAAAAUUGCUGCUGGAACACGGUGCCGAUGUGAAUUUACCCUGUGGGCUUACUGAUGCAGACAUCAGCAGUUUGGAUGGCGCGCGAUGUGUUGGUUCUGGUGCCCUCAAUGAGGCCUGUCGAAUUGGUUGUGUUCCGUUGGUGCAGCUGCUUUUGCAGCGGGGUGCUGUUGACCACGAAAAUGUUGCCCUUGCUACUGCUUUCAAGUAUAAUCAGGAAGCAUUAGUCCGGAUUUUUCUGUUGCGCCUAACAUUUGUUGAUCCGGACUAUCGUAUCAACAAAAAAGGCAUGGAUUUUGGACAGAUGUCAAUAAACCGACAUCUUCUACCCUCUACAGUGUACCCCACAUCACCGUGCAUGCUCAACUGGCAUAAUGCAAGUUUGGCAAGUAUUUCGAAUGACUGGCUAAUUGCUGCUUGCCUACAAGUUAAUCAAAGGCUACGAACAUCACGGAUGGCACUGGCAGCACUAACGCGAAUUGAUUUAUCAAAGAACAAAAUGAAAGUGCUAAGUGGGCAGCUACUUCAACUCUCAUCACUGAGAAGUUUGAAUGCAGCGAACAAUGAAAUAAUGGAAAUUGAAAUACCAAACGAUGGCAUCCAAGCGCCUCUUCUGGAAAGCUUAUCGCUGGAAUAUAAUGAGCUCUCCUUUCUUCCAGAUGAUUUUUUCACAUCGCGAAUGCCGGUUCUAUGUUUCCUGGAUGUUUCGCACAACAAAUUGUCCACACUUCCGGAUACUUUGUGGUUGGCUCCAAGAUUGCGCGAGCUGAAUUUGUCGAACAACAAACUGUCAGUAUUGCCCGCCAUCGGUUCGUCGCAGCUUCGGCCAUCGAGCAGUCUUUCUGGAAGCGACCAACCCGGAUCAAAUCAUUCGGAGACGCGCACUUAUCACAGCACCGUAUCAACUGAUGAUUCCAUAAGUAUCGGUGGUCGAAUUGAUGACUCUAACAUUACUGUUCAUGAACUGAAAAGGCAUAAUGUUUGGCAGCGGAGUGUACGGCUUGCGCAGUCGGAUGAGUCGGACAGUGAGAAUGGUAGUGUAACAUCAGCAUCAACCCUCACUUCACUGAAUAUUUCAAACAACAACAUCAAAGUUGCGCCUUCUUGCCUGGCUUGCUGCUGUCCACGUCUUACGCGGCUCAAUAUUUCUCACAACCAGCUAACUUCGCUGGGACCGGUAGAAUGCAUGCCGUCGCGUUUGCGACAUCUCGACGCGUCCAGCAAUCAACUUAUAUCCGCUUUUGAGCGCCCGGUUGCCGUCCAGUUGGUAUGCCAUGCUGUCAGUGCCCAACAAAGUGCUAUUUUACAGAUGCGACAUCCGAGCCCAACUCGCAAUCCACGAUCACGCUCGAAAUCGGCAGUACGUAGCCAGCGAUCGCUGAGCGUUGCGCGAAUUGGGGACACGCUGCACGAUACGCAUAUCGAUGCUUGUCCCCAUAAGCAGCACAUAAGGCUCGAGUCGCUUCGCUCACUCUAUCUGGCCAAUAAUCGUCUCACUGAAAUUCCACUCUUUGCACCAAAUGCAAAAACUACGCAAUCACCGAAAAAGAAGCAGCGCGAAAGUCGACAGAAAUCUUCAGCGAGUUGGUCGAAGAGAAUGGGGCACAGUACGGGUGGCGCUGAUCGUACAGCAAAGGGAGCAAACAUGUCUACAGUUGGUGUCGACAUUGCCGAGUGGACUUUUGAACCAAAGAAAACAAAAGGUGAACCAACAUUUGGUCCCAUUACAUUUCGCACGUGGGAUUUUGGUGGGCAGCGAGAAUAUUACGCAACACACCAGUACUUCCUGUCGAGACGCUCUCUCUAUGUACUUGUUUGGAAGACAACCGAUGGUGAAGCAGCACUGCCCGAUAUUCAUCAGUGGCUCGUUAACAUACAGGGUUUUUAUGAAAGAAUGAAAGGAAAAAAGCGUUUUGUAAUGGUUCCGGAUGCGGACAAGAAAGGUUUGCCGCGAGUGGUCGAAUCCGUCUAUGUCUCUUCGAAAACAAAACAGAAUAUUCGGGCGCUCUGUAAUUUACUGUAUCGAACCGCUUACGAUAUUCGUUCAGUGGGCAGCAAAGAACGACUUCUUGAUCAGAAAAUCCCGGCGUCCUAUUUGGCACUGGAGAAAAGAAGCAGUGACCUAAUCAUUUUCUUCAAGAUAGUUGUGGAAUUGGGUGAUGAACGGCGAUCAGCAGGAAUAGAGCCGGUGAUGACAAACCUCGCAUUCCGAAGUGCCGUUCAGGAGAGAAUGCUAAAGAAUUAUGGCCGAGCGUUUCGCGAUGACAUCGAAUUCAAUCAUGCGUGCUCAUUUUUGCAUGAAAAUGGUUGGCUUCCAGAUUCGUCCAUAUUCAAUGUAACAUUGCGGGAGUUGUAUUUUCUCGAUCCACAAUGGCUGUGCGAUAUCCUGGCACAUGUUAUAACAAUUCGCGAAAUAAAUCCCUUCGCACGAAAUGGUCUUAUGAAAAUUGACGAUCUUCAAAUGCUGUUCAAGUCGUUAAAAUUGGGCAGCUCGGCUAUUAAUUUGAGAUCACACAUAAUAUCGCUGUUACAAAAAUUCGAAGUGGCGCUCACUUGGCAGUCACGUUCACUGCUUAUCCCUUCGUUGUUGCCCGAUGAAUAUCAGUUAAGGGGUGGAUAUCCAGGCUCGCGCGUAAUGGUACCAACGAGAGCAGCAUCCUGGCAGCUGGAAAUGAUGGAACGCGACACCACGAACACUCCCAAGCAAACAAGAAAGAGGGCACCACAUCUUCAUCUGCAGUCUUUUUUCUGUCAACGUAGCUUAGGUGAUUUACGACAUCCAGCAACAAUACCACAAAUUGCCGGUACAAAUAUGCGCAAAAAGCCGUCGGCAGCAGUCUCAGUGGAUCGUUCACGGCAUGGCAAUGAUAUGGGAAUUCCAGAAGCAGUGGAACAAAAAAUUACUGUUAAUGUGCAGUUUGUGGAGCAGGAACUGGUUCGUCGUGUUUACAUGAUGGCAUAUAUACCAUCCGGCUUUUGGUCGCGUCUAAUGACACGUAUGCUCGUUGACGAUCAUAUAACCGCAUGCGUGGAGCGUUUAUUGCAAGUGGAACAUCUUCCGGACGGUUGCACACUCGAUAUUCUCAAAGAACUAUGCAACAAGCAGUUCCAUCCUCAAUGGCUGCUUUGGCAGACCGGUUUUGAGGUUCUGCAUUCACGUUUACGGAUCCUGUCUUAUUUUACGAAUUCAUCCAGUGCUUCUGUUUUACUGUGA